GGAGGGCUUAAUGCCCCAAAACAGACAGCAGGAGGAAAGACUAAAGCAGCUCCAUUCUUCAGCCAGAUCAGUCUCCAUUCCUCUAGGACACAGCUUUAUCAAAGAGGUUUUUACCUUCACAACAGCUCCAUAAAGGCAAGAAAAUGGAACACGAUCAUAACACUACAUUAAACCACAAUGAAACGCCGUGGUUCUAUGAAUGUAGCGUCAACCUGGACCAGGACUCUCAGCGCAUUGCGCUCUUCCUGCUCUACCUGUUCCUGUUCAUGGUGGGUUUGGUGGAGAACUGCCUGGUGAUUUGGGUAAACUGGCGUAGGCGACACUCAGCCAGCGGUGUGCUCUUCUGUGUUCUCAACAUCAGCUUGUCUGACCUGAUGGUGGUUUUCACCAUGCCAUUCUUCAUGCUGGAGAUGGCAAUGUCAGAUGUUUGGGUUUGGGGCCGAUUCCUGUGCAAGGUGACGCACCUCAUCUACGUCAUCAACUUUUACAGCAGCUCCUUCUUCCUGGCCUUCAUGACUCUGGAGAGGUACCUGACCGUAGCGCGGCCGACCACACCCUCCUGCUUUCCACUGCAGCCCAGGCACCGGCGAUGGCUGCUGUGUGCCGGAGUGUGGCUUCUGUCCUUGGUGUUGGCGCUGCUAGAAAAUGUACACGUGGAUGUGUUUGAGUGGCAUGAACCCGGCUGCUUUUUGAUGCCUGAGAAAAACUUCACUGAGUGGUAUCUCUCCCUCACCUUCUUCUCCCUUACCUUUCAGCUGUUGGGUCCUGCGUCAGUCAUCAUCACCUGUAACAUCCUGAUAGCACGGGCCAUACGGGCCUCUCCGGACAUCCAGAAUCACAGAGAUAUUUGGCUGUUGCAUGUGUACUCACUGGUCUUCAUGGCCUGCUGGCUACCUUACCAUUUUGUGAUGUUUCUGCUGUUGGUGGACGUCCUGGACCCGUUCCUGAUGUCCUGCAAUGCUACAAUUGUACUGUUAUUUGCUUACAGCUUGGUACAGUGCAUCUCGCUCUUUCAUUGCAUUGCUAACCCCAUUCUCUAUAACUUCCUGAGCAAGAGCUUUCGUGCCAAUCUCAUUAACGAUAUUCUUUCCCGUAUUUCCUCACCACCACUUGGCAGCGUAGACAAUGCAGCCGAUGGUGUGGGGAGGUCACAACAGAAGGAGCGAAAGCUCAGCAAUGCCAGCACCAGUCACUCAGAGAUAGAAUCCUAAGAAGGGAAGUUCCCAUUAAGUCAUAAUGAGGUCUCCUGAGAGAGCGUCACCUAAUUCAUGGCGCUGUGAAACAUCAUCAAGUCCUCCAUAUAACUUUCAUUUGUCUUAACACCUCCACAUAGCAGAGGAGACUAUUUUAAAAUAAUUGAAAAAGGGUUUUGGUAUCAUGGUCCCUAUAAAAAUGUUGCCAGUUUCUCAGUGCAAUGACAUAGCUAUUCUGAAAGAACAUUUUAAGACAUUUUAAGGUUUGUUUUUAUUGCUUGUAAACAGUGGAGCUGGAAGGACCAAACGGAAUGGAGUCAAAUGUCCAUGUAAAGAAAGGUUAAGGGUUCCUGUUAGUAGUUUUAAAGCAGGAAGGAAAAUAUGUCCCUGCAUCCCACUCCACAGGAAGCGAUGGCAUUACUACUGAGGAACAUGCCACAUGCCACAGAUUAAAGGAAGUGCCACAAUCAACAUUUGCAGAUGAUGAUCUGUUCACUGGACACUGCUUUAUUGCUAAAACUUAUUGCUCUACUUUUAUUUACCUUUAUGAACCUUUAUUUAAAACAGCAAUGUAAAAAAGUUAUUGUUUUGUUGUGUUUUUUUUUGUCUUGUUUUAAUAAAUGCUCUUUUCACAA